AGACACAAAAUACAGGGGGAGAAGGACGCCUGCAUGGCCGUUGGUUGCAAUGGACAUCUUGGCGUUUGUUAUUUCGCCUGCCAUUGGAGGGCCUCUCAGGGCCAGGCAAGGCUUCAUGGACCGCGUUGUCAUAUCUCAGCUUUUGAACCCAAACGCUCAACAUGUGGCCAUUCUAGCCAUUUUCCUUCCUGUUGGUGUGCCUCGCUCAGAUGACCGUCACGCCUAGCCAAAGCGUGUCGGUUGUGUUUGUUUGCUCAACCCAGGAGGAAAGCGAUGCAUUCCGUACCGUCCACCGAUGAUGAAGCCAUCAAUCUCCUCUCUCUCGAUGGCGGCGGUGUCCGGGGAGUUGCUUCGCUGGUCAUCCUCGAUGGGAUCAUGAGGAAGAUCAAGGAAAUGUACAAGCUUCCCGAGGUGCCUAAACCUUGCGAAUUCUUCCAUAUGAUUGCCGGAACCAGCACUGGAGGUCUCAUCGCGAUAAUGCUUGGAAGACUACGGAUGUCGACCAAGGAGGCCUUGGCCGAAUACGACAACUGCGCCGCCAAGAUCUUUUCGAAAGACAACCACAAAUCCUGGAGUAUCUCGGAAAAGUUUCGGGCCACUGCCCUUGAGGAAGCUAUCCAAGGUCUUGUCAAGAAACGUGGCCUCGGCGAGUCCAUGAGAGACCCCAAGCGCCCUAAAAAAGGGAAGGCGUUCGUGUGCGUCAUGCCCUCCGACAACAUUGGGAAGACCGAUAUCGUUCGCUCCUUCGACGGAGACGAAGGCGCCCUGGAUAACUGGGAUGAAGAUGUCAAAAUUUGGGAGGCCGCGAGGGCUACCACGGCCGCUUCUUCCUUCUUCAAGCCCCAGCGGUUGGGCAAGGGCGCAUCAGCACGAACGUAUAUCGACGCGGCUAUUGGGGUCAAUAACCCGGUGAGUAUCCUUUUACCAGAGGCCGUCAAAGAGUUUGGGGCCGGGAGACGCUUCGGCUGUGUGGUCAGCAUCGGCACAGGCACCCGGGACGUCAAGCUCGAGAGGUCUGUGGGGGGCUUCGAAAGCAUACUGAAGUUUCGGGGAGUCGUCUACUUUGUCCACCUCAUAAACACUCUGAAGAACCAGGCCACCGAUGCCGAGGAAGCCCAUCGACAGCUCGAGUCACAGUUGCUCUCCUCUCCCGGCACAUAUUACCGCUUCAAUGUCCCUGACGCGGCUGCGCAAGUCAAGCUGCACCACUACCUGAAAAUACCAGAGCUCAAGUCGAUGGCGGAGGAGUACCUUUCCAGUCAACCAGUUGCCAAACAAGUACGCCAGAUUGCGAAGGCGUUACAAACCGAUGAUUUUGGGCAUGGCCUCACUCUUGGUCAUCUCCACGAUCUCGACAAGGAUCAAAUAUUACUAUCUAGCAAGAAAAUCCGUUCAAUGAGAGCGACAAGUAGCUUUUUUACCGGGAGACAAGAGAUCUUGCAGAAGCUCGACACGUUUUUUGCCCCCCGAGACACCCGAGGCAGCCCUCGUCGGGAGUUUUUACUUCAUGGAAUGGGCGGUGUUGGCAAAACCGAGAUUGCGUUCAAGGUUGCAGAGGCUUUUGAAGACAGAUUCGAGUACAUCUUUUACGUCGAUGGCUCUACCCCAGCCACCGUCCUUCAGAGUUAUGCCAGCAUCGCCAAGCAACAUGGCCGGCCUGGUGUACUUACCGAAGAGCUGUGCGCCGAAGCCAUGCGUUGGAUGGAAAGACUGUCGGAUGAGUGGCUCAUGAUCUUUGAUGACUGCAACCUGGACGACCGCAAAGGUCAUCUCCCGGGCAGAGGCAAGGGCAACAUCAUCUACACGUCUCGACGGACGAGCUUGAACCAAGACUUGCCUGUCGAUUGCACGUACGAAGUCACUCCCUUCGAGGAGGCGGAUGCCAUUGAGCUUCUUUUGAAAGCGUCCGGCCUUCCGCCCGCUUCUGAGAACCCACAGGACGGGACAUUAGCUGAGGCCAUUGUGCGGGAACUCGAAUGCCUCCCGCUAGCGGUCGAGCAAGCCGCCGCAUAUAUCCGAGAUGGUGAACAUCCACUCCAGGAAUACCUCGAAAUGCUCCGCGCUCAAAAGGUCCGCAUUCUCUCCGACUCGCAUCCCGAAGCCGAUGAAGAAGAUAUUGAAAACUCAGCAGUCCACGCAGCGCUAGAGCUAUCUUACCAGGCUAUCGCUGCCCGCAGACGCCGGGAAGGUAGAAGCAAUGCAGGCCUCACCGCGAACCUCGCUCUGAAGGUGCUGAGCUUGCUCACCUUCUUCCACCACAAAGAAUUCCCAUCACUUCUCAUGAAGCGCGCGGCAGAAGAGCACCAUGCUGCCGGGGCUCUCCGAUACUUCCCCCUGAGCCACAUCAUGAGCCCGUACGACCACGAUCUGGACCGAAUGGUACGGGUCAAGGAGGACGGCCGUUGGGAUUCGGGCGACUUCGCCAUGGGAGUAACCAUCUUGCGGAAGUUCUCCCUCGUCAAGCUGUCGCCAAACAAGAAGUCGUUGUCAAUGCACGUCUUGGUUCAUAGGUGGGCGCGAAAGCGCAUCGAUAGGGAUAUUGCUUUGCGAUGGGCCCUAGUGGCAAGAGUCUUGCUUCUCGAGUCAUUAGAUCCGUCCGCAAGAUUGGGUUACUUGCAUUUCUCCCGCGACCUGCUCCCCCAUUUCGAAGUUUGCUUUGCUGUCAACCCGCCGCUUCACCUGAUUCGCGACCAGUACCGUGCCCACUUACUGCACAAACUUGGGGGGUACUACAGGAACCAGAAGCGCUUCCUGGAGGCAAAGGAAUGCUUCACACAGUCCCGCCGUCUGUGGAAUAUCGAGGUUGGAGCUGAUUGCUGGGCUGCGAUAACUGCCACCGUAUCUCUAGCACGGCUGCAUCACGAAAUGGGAAACUUGUCAGAGGCCGAGUCAGUAUAUCUGGAUGCUAUUGGGUGGUUGUCUGGGAAACUUGAGUACAGGAGAGCCGUGAUCAAGAUCGAGAGGGAGGGCGAACCAGAGGCUGUUCGACGGUUUUCGAAGGCUUACGCGAAGUGGGCGGCAAGGAGUCUCGCCAGGAAGCUCUCCAAACCACCCUCAGAUGGCAUCCGCUGGAGCGUUCCGUUGCCUGUACGGGAACAGCCAUCGAAGAAGAAGAAGAAGAAGAAGAAGCCGAAGCGGCCUUCCGAGGCAGACAUGUCAAAUGAUGACAUAUUGGACCGGACCUGGCUAAGACGCGCGGAACAUUUGGAUGAGCUCGAGAUGAUCGACACAAUCGACAACUUGGUACAUGCGGAGCUGGCAAUGGUAUACAUGGACCAGGACAGGUAUGGCAUGGGGAAGCGCAUGCUCCUUAGGGCGGUGGAAUUUCUUGAGCAGCAGCUGGACAAAUACGACCCAGACCUCAUGAAACUCCAGAUCAAGGCUCGAACCCUCACCCACGCUGGAGAUCGGGAGUUUUGGGAAAACCACAUGGACGACGUGCUGCGGGCUCCUCAAGAGGCGACAACGAGCUUUUGGCAGUCAGAAGCGUCCUUCGACUUGAUGAUUGCGGCAGCCUACUCGCUUCUGAUGAGGGACCCUGACGACUGGCGUAUCGCGUGCCGUGAGCUCUUCGAGCUGUACGACACCGGGGUCAAGUGGUUCGGUGGCUACGACAGGAAGAUUUUGAACAUUCUUCGGUACAUCGUCAAAUGCCUGAUCGCGGGAGGGAAAUAUGACACCGCUGUGUCCAUGGCCAAUAUCUGCCUUCGCCGAGCUAGAUCAACAUACGGAGAACUACACAUGGAGACGAUCCGUUCCUACGCCACACUCGUUUCUGCCGUCUUCAAUCAGAAGAUGGAAUUUGACGAGGAAGGACGCGAGCUUCUCCAGGGAGCCAUUAACAAAGCAAGGGCCGGCCUUGGGUCGACCCAUUCGCUAACCCAGAUGCUUGAGAAGCAUUUGAAGGAGUUCUCAAAAAAGGUGGAGGUAUCCGUGGAACCCACAUCGGAAGGACUCGACCUGGAGGCUGCUCUGAUGGAGAGCUGGCGCCAGAGCAAGGCGCAUCUGGAGAGAGAGAAGGGCAGACUCGGGGAGCAACAUCCCAUCAUCAAACGAAUGGAGCUUGUGGUGGGUGACGGCCCAGUAAGAACGAAGGAGGAGAUGCUCGAGAGAGUGAGGGCAGGUUACGGGCCGCACAACUCGCUCACCAAGCGGCUAGAGAAGGAAGUGGAGGAGACACGGAGGGCUGCUUUGGCCCAGGUUCCUGAAAUGAAUGGCAAACGAAGGAGCUUGGAAGCGUCUAGCAGUAAUGCUCCUCGGGGCGAUGGUAACGAGAGCUCCGGUGAGGCCUUGCGACAGCCUUUGGGGUUCAUGAAUGAGAUGACGAGAGCGCGGCAUACGGCAAUAGGAUCCGGGGACUCGGCGUUCAAAAGAAGCGGAUCAAGGACAGCAGACCACCUUGCUCUUGAAGGACGGAUUCGGGAUAUUAUUAUGGACGAGCCCGGCGGCGGCGUGGUCAGUAUUGAUGACAAGGCGAGUGAUGAUUUGAUGAAAUUUUGGAUGUCAGGGGCACUGCAGCCGAUAUUAGUAGUGUAGCUUUUUUUGAUACCAGGUCUCCUUGUAGCCCGGCAUUAUCUACCCAACCUUCAAGUUCACCUCCUUAUAUUUUUCCGGUAAGCUGUGUGUCUAGCUGCAAGAGCUGAAGGGUUUUGGGUUACGCGAAGCUGCCGUUCGGGCUUGCGAUUAAGCUUGUCAAUUAAACCCCUUAAUUCGGGCUGGGAUUUGGAAAAGCCGGGCCGGAUGCUCUAACUUUCGUGCCGAGUGA